GCAGCGCGCGCGCGCGCGGCGCUCUCAUAUAAGGAGCAGGCCUGGAGCCGCAGAUCGCUGGGAGCGCGCUGAGUUUAGAAGGCAGGCGUCGACAUGAGCUCGGUGCCAGCGUUCCUGAGCGCCGCGGACGUGCAGGACCACCUCCGCAGCUCCAGCCUCCUCAUCCCGCCUCUGGAGGCGGCCCUGGCCAACUUCUCUAGCGGCCCCGACGGAGGGGUCGUGCAGCCGGUGCGCACCGUCGUGCCGGUGGCCAAGCACAGCGGUUUCCUGGGGGUCAUGCCCGCCUACAGUGCAGCAGAGGAUGCGCUGACCACCAAGUUGGUCACCUUCUAUGAGGGCCACCGCUCCACCUCCACUGUCCCCUCCCAUCAGGCCACUGUGCUUCUCUUUGAGCCCAGCAAUGGCUCUCUUCUGGCGGUCAUGGAUGGAAAUGUUAUAACUGCAAAAAGAACCGCUGCAGUAUCUGCCAUUGCCACCAAGUUUUUGAAACCCCCCAACAGCGAAGUGUUGUGUAUCCUUGGAGCUGGGGUCCAGGCUUACAGCCACUAUGAGGUCUUCACAGAGCAGUUCUCCUUUAAGGAGGUGAGGAUAUGGAACCGUACCAAAGAAAAUGCGGAGAAGUUUGCGAACACGGUGCAAGGCGAGGUUGAGGUCUGUCCAUCGGUCCAGGAGGCUGUGGCGGGAGCAGAUGUGAUCAUCACGGUCACCAUGGCAACAGAGCCCAUUUUGUUUGGCGAAUGGGUGAAGCCUGGGGCUCACAUCAAUGCCAUUGGCGCCAGCAGACCUGACUGGAGAGAGCUGGAUGACGAGCUCAUGAAACAGGCCGUGCUGUACGUGGACUCCCGGGAGGCCGCCCUGAAAGAGUCUGGAGAUGUCCUCUUGUCCGGGGCUGAGAUCUUUGCUGAGCUGGGAGAAGUGGUGAAGGGCGUGAAGCCAGCCCACUGCGAGAAGACGACAGUAUUCAAGUCUUUGGGAGUGGCGGUGGAAGACUUGGUUGCAGCCAAACUAGUGUACGAGUCCUGGUCAUCUGGUAAAUAAAACGAAGGAGCUUUGUGCUGAGUGGAUGCUACAGCUGAAGGGGAAUCAACACUAGUUGUCUUAUAAUCUCUCCGUCAAAUGAGAGCACCCAGUGCUCAGUGAUCUCUAGUUUUGUGCUUAUCAUGUCUUACCUUAAAUAAUGAGAUCCCCUCUUGUGUUUGUAGUUGGAAGGCAAAACUAAACGGCCAUUCUUCUGUUCCACCAGAUUAAACUAGCAUUCCCUUCUCCCUGUGUUUCACUGCCUUUUGUAUUGCCUUGAAAUAAAGCUUUUUCCAGUUCUGCA